UUUCAGAGCGUUGCAACUCUCAACAUGAUUGGGGUUCUUCUGCCGUAUGUGCGAAAAUUCCAACGAUCCGCAGAAUCCAAUGACAUCGCCGAUCGCUUCUCCUAUCAGUACACCUCCACCCUUCUGGGCUUCUCCGCCAUCAUGAUGGCUGCGUCGCAAUACGUAGGCCGUCCGAUUCAAUGUUGGGUGCCUGCUCAGUUUACCAGAACUUGGGAGAAAUAUGCUGAAACAUACUGCUUCAUAAAAGGUACAUAUUUCUUGCCGGGCGCAUUUGCAAGUGAAGGAGAAAUGUCUGUGACUUCGCCGGAUGAUGCCGUUACUGCUACACCACAAGUCGGUUACUAUCAGUGGAUCCCCAUCGUUCUUGUUCUUCAAGCCUUCCUUUUCUAUCUUCCAUCGAUUAUUUGGAGAACGUUCAACGAGAGUUGUGAACUCAAAAUCAAGGAAUUGGCUGCUGUAUCAGAAGCUUCUCGUAAAAUCAAGUCUAACAUGAGCGACGAUCAAGUGAAAGCAACGAAAUUCGGAAGAUAUUUCUUCAAGAAGCUCAAUUUCCGCAACGAGUCACCAGUUUUCAAGGAGACUGGAAGUGUGGUCGCGUCUGGAAAAUUCUUGCCAGCUCUUUAUCUUCUUGUCAAAAUACUCUAUCUUGCAAACAUUGUUCUCCAAUUCUGGAUACUUACCUAUUUCCUCGAAACCAAGAGUUGGAUGUGGGGAUGGCAAACUUUCCAAGAUCUGAUGGCUGGACGUGAAUGGGAAACUACUGGAAUUUUCCCACGUGUCACAAUGUGUGAUUUCUCAAUUAUGGAUCUUACUUCUGUACACGACCAUAGCAUUCAAUGUGUCAUUGUGAUCAACAUGUUGGCUGAGAAGGUAUACGUCUUCUUCUGGUUCUGGCUUCUUUUCGUUGGGUUGUUGACCGUUUGCUCAUUGGCCUACUGGGCGGUUAUCUACAUGCUUCAAAGCGUUGGACGCAACUUUAUCUACAGCUAUCUCCAACAAACUCCAGAAUUCCAAACUGAGCAAGAAAGAGGCAGCUUUGUCCCAGCAAACUUUGUUGAUAAGUGUCUCACCCCAGACGGAGUUUUCAUUUCUCGUCUUGUUCAACAAAACUCUGGCGAUUUGUUCACUUCAAUAAUGCUUGGAGAGAUGUUCAGUCUAUACAGGGCCCGCGAGGCCGAGAAGGCUCACAAGAAGGACGAUGAUUCAGCUCUUCCAGCUUCUGCACCAGUCGAUCUUCAAGAAGAUGAUGACGAUGACACUCCAUUCCCACCGCCAACUAAGGCAGUUGCUGAGACGUUGACUAGUGAUGACGAAGAAGAAGAAACCGACGUGGAUAGCCCUGAUACCACUGCUACCCUUCCCCGUUAAAUUGUUACUAUGAUCGUUGUGCAUUUCUGUUUCAAGAAAUGUUUCCCAGUUCAAAUCAAUUAUCAUCCAAAAACUUUCCAUAUUUCUUUCCUUCCUCUCAUUCUUUCCAAACAUCAAGAUUCAGGAUUAGGCUCCUAAUCGUACCCGUAUAACUCCUAAUAGGUAACCAAAUAACGUUUUUCACAUUCACUUCUCCCAUCACGGUUUCCUUUCAUAUACCAUGUUCUUUGUUACGUUCUACUAGAUUAUUACUUGAUUUAAUUGUUUCCCAAUAACUUUGGCAGUACGUGCUUGAUGCACUAUUAUCCAAUUGAAUAAAUGGGAUUUCGACAAUUC